UAUAUAAAUUCAGUGACAGUUUUUUAGUUGGCUUGAUUUAUUAACGGAACAAUAAUAAGUGACAGCGGAAAUCGAAACCAUACUUGCUGGCCGACGUCCGUCCCACCAUCGCCAAUGACAUUUGAAAAUGGCAGCGCUCACGUCGCUUCUGAACUUAAACUUUCGACUCCCCAGCUUGUCGCCUCUAUCGACGCAAGUUCGGUACCGGAGGAUACAGAGCAGAAAAAUUCGCGAACCUCAUUUUGAGCGGAAGGCGAUGAUAGAAGUGUGCAAACCAAUUAUUCCGCGUGACACGAGACCAUCUUGGCAGACAUGCAGUCUGAUUAUGCGGCCAAAAACAGAGCCUCCUCCACACCCAUACAACAAAAUCAUGGGGGAGAAAUUGAGAAGCGAACUUCACAGUGCUGGUCUGAUUUGCUUCUUCCAUGAAAAUCCGAUGCCAGCUGAAGAUAGAAGGCUAGUUCACAACAUGCUUUUCAAGAAGGGAUUCUUUCUGAAGUCCUACAGCAACACAGCUGUCCGACUCGCAAUCACGGGGACAAAAUUUGAGUCAGCCAUGCCAUUCACAGAGUCGAGGAAUGCCCUGGUAAUAAGUGACACCCCAGACGUUAAGACGUUGCUCAAGCUGACAAAGAAGAUGCCACAUUUUAUUUUGCUCGCCGGAAUUGCCUACGACCGUUUUCUUAGCCGAGACGAACUGGAGUGGCUAGGGACGGUGCCAGAUGUCCAGUAUCUACUCGGACAGACGUGCAGCCUCCUUUCUGCUUCAGCAAGCUCCCUGUACAGUUCUACGUCAUACCACCAAACCAAGUUGUCCCUAUUACUGGCAUCUCACAGCAAGCAGGAAGGAGGAGAUAAGAAAGAUGACAACCCAUCGGUAUAGUGUACAGCAACUGUUGUUGAAAUAGCUUUUAAAUAAACAUACCCAAAAUGUGGAGAAAAAAUUAAGGAAAUGUUGUGUACUUAUUAGA